CCUAGGUAUCAUUUGAUGUUGGAAACUCUUUUUUGUUAAACUUUGCAGUGAUUUAUGAUUGGAUCCCCCUAGAGUAUUUCCGGAUAGUAUAAGUAACAUAAUUUUCUUCACGUUGAAUUCCUUAGCAUUUCAAUAUGAAAUAGAUGUCCUUGUAAUCCAUAUUUGAAAAUCGUGUUGAGAGUUAACCGACUUUCGUAAGCUGAAUAUUCUGCGCACAUCUAGACAAAGGAUAAAACGAGCCAUACCGCGUGACAAGAAUCAAACGUGAAACAAAGAAAACCAAAAUUGAAGUGCAGCUCAUCUGGUGUCUUCUCUGAAGAUUUGUUCAUGGAGCUUCUUCACAACCUCAACAACAUUCUCAGCACAAUCCUGCUCCUAAUCUUAUGCAUGUUCCCUCACUCACUCAAGUGCCAACAAACAUACCUCAAUGGCACUGUCUAUGAUUGUUCUGACAACCCUUCAGCACCAAAAGGGUACCUUUGCAAUGCUCAUCAAAAGUCAUGCACUUCCUUUCUACUUUUCAGGUCAAAACCUCCCUAUGAUAGCCCUGUAAGAAUUGCAUACCUUCUUGGCUCUGAGGCAUCCAGCAUAGCCUCAAUCAACAAGAUCUCAAGCAGUGACAAGAUUGCUUCCAACAAGUCAAUAAUUGUUCCUGUGUCAUGUUCAUGUUCUGGAAACAUCUACCAGCACAACACACCCUACACUGCCAGCAAGAAUGACACAUACUAUAAGUUGGUGAAAGAAACCUUCCAAGGCCUCACCACAUGUCAAGCAAUGAUGGGGCAGAAUUACUAUGCUGCUAGAGACAUUGCAAUUGGUGCUCAGCUCACAGUUCCGAUGUUGUGUGCUUGUCCAACUGAAAAUCAAACAGCAAGAGGGGUCACUUCUUUGCUGGUUUACUUGGUGAAUUAUGGUGACACUAUUAAGUCCAUAGGAGAGGCUUAUGGUGUGGAUGAACAAAGUAUGCUAGAGGCCAAUGAGUUGCCAGUGGCACAAAGUAAAAGCAGCAGCAUGGUCCUCCUUGCCUUGACACCUAUUUUAGUUCCUCUAUUAGGGAAGAACUGCAAAGAGAAUCCAGAUAAAUUCUAUUGUAAAUGUUACCGGGCACCAGAUGGAAGCUCCCAGGGGUUAUUCUGUGAUGAAUCUGAUGGUCAGAAAUUUCCUGCCAGAUUGGUUGCUGGUUUAGGUGUUGGACUUGGUGUAGCCUUUCUAUGUUUGUUUCUUUUGGGGUACAAGUUAUAUCGAUACAUACAGAAGAAGAGAGAAAGUAAUCGCAAGGAAAAGCUGUUCAAGCAAAACGGUGGCUACUUGUUACAAGAGAAGCUCUCAUCUUAUGGAAAUGGAGAAAUGGCAAAGCUUUUUACAGCUGAGGAGCUAAAAAGAGCAACAGACAACUACAACAGAAGCAGGUUUCUUGGUCAAGGAGGCUAUGGCACAGUGUACAAAGGAAUGUUACCAGAUGGAACCAUAGUUGCAGUUAAAAAGUCCAAAGAGAUUGAAAGGAACCAAAUAGAGACUUUUGUCAAUGAAGUGGUCAUUCUAUCUCAGAUCAACCACAGGAACAUUGUCAAACUCUUUGGUUGUUGUCUUGAGACAGAAUCUCCCUUACUAGUCUAUGAAUUCAUUCCAAAUGGAACACUUUCUCAUCAUAUCCAUAGGAGAGACAAUGAGCCAUCUCUUCCAUGGGAUACUCGCCUUAGAAUUGCAUGUGAGGUUGCUGGAGCAGUGGCAUAUAUGCAUUUUUCAGCUUCUAUUCCCAUUUUCCAUAGAGACAUCAAACCCACCAACAUACUUUUAGAUAGUAACUACAAUGCCAAAAUGUCUGAUUUUGGAACAUCAAGGUCAGUGCCAGUAGAUAAGACUCACUUGACCACAGCUGUAGGAGGAACUUUUGGGUACAUAGACCCUGAAUAUUUUCAGUCUAGUCAAUUUUCAGAUAAAAGUGAUGUGUAUAGUUUUGGGGUUGUGCUUGUGGAGCUCAUAACUGGGAAAAAGCCUAUUUCAUUCUUGCAUGAAGAUGAGGGUCAGAACCUGAUUGCACAGUUCAUUUCUUUGAUGAAGGAGAACCAAGUUUUUGAAAUUUUAGAUGCCAGGGUGCUUAAGGAAGCAAGGAAAGAUGACAUUCUUGCCAUUGCAAAUCUUGCAAUGAGAUGCUUGAGACUUAAUGGGAAGAAAAGACCAACAAUGAAAGAGGUUUCAGCAGAGUUAGAAGCAUUGAGAAAGGUGCAAAGUUCCUUACAGAUCAACCAUGAUCAUGAGCACACCACUAGUGACAUAGUUCAAGAAUGCACAGAGGAAAGCAUGUCACUGUCCUUACAUUUAGAGUACACAUCCUUUUAGGAAGCCAGAUUUUGUUUUAUAAUCUUUUAGGAAGCCAGAAUUAAUUAUACCCGAUUUUUUGUUAACUAUAUGCUUUAGUGUUUCAUGUUUAGUUUUUUCAGCACAUGGAUGAAAGUAUCCCCUUGGGUAAAUGACAAUGUUUAUAUUUCUCAACAAGAAUAUCAGUUUAAACA